GGUGCUGCCCGUGGGGACGCGCUGCCCGUGGCCCUGCCCGCGCUGCUGCCCGUGCCCGGGGCCAUGUCAUCCUCCGACGAGGAGACCCUGAGCGAGCGGUCGUGCCGGAGCGAGCGGUCGUGCCGCAGCGAGCGUUCCUACCGCAGCGAGCGCUCGGGCAGCCUCUCGCCCUGCCCCGCCGGAGAUACCCUGCCCUGGAACCUGCCCCUGCAUGAGCAGAGGAAGAGGAAGAGCCAGGACUCGGUGCUGGACCCGGCCGAGAGGGCGGUUGUCAGGGUCGCAGAUGAACGGGACAGAGUCCAGAAGAAAACCUUCACUAAAUGGGUCAAUAAACACUUGAUGAAGGUGCGCAAGCACAUCAAUGACCUCUAUGAAGACCUACGAGAUGGCCACAACCUCAUCUCCCUCCUGGAGGUGCUGUCCGGGGUCAAGCUGCCGCGUGAGAAGGGGCGGAUGCGUUUCCAUCGCCUGCAGAACGUGCAGAUUGCCCUGGAUUUCCUGAAGCAGCGACAGGUGAAACUGGUGAACAUUCGCAAUGAUGACAUCACGGAUGGCAACCCCAAGCUCACGCUGGGGCUCAUCUGGACCAUCAUCCUCCACUUCCAGAUCUCCGACAUCUACAUCAGCGGCGAGUCGGGGGAUAUGUCAGCCAAGGAGAAGCUGCUUCUGUGGACACAGAAGGUGACUGCAGGUUACAUCGGGGUGAAAUGCACCAACUUCUCAUCCUGCUGGAGCGAUGGGAAGAUGUUCAACGCGCUCAUCCACAGAUACAGGCCAGAUCUGGUGGACAUGGAGAGGGUGCAGAUCCAGAGUAACCGGGAGAACCUGGAGCAGGCCUUUGAGAUUGCGGAGAGGCUGGGGGUCACCAGGCUGCUGGAUGCUGAAGACGUGGAUGUGCCCUCUCCGGAUGAGAAAUCCGUGAUAACUUAUGUGUCUUCAAUCUAUGAUGCCUUUCCCAAAGUCCCCGAGGGAGGAGAAGGGAUCAGUGCUAUCGAGGUGGACUCGAGGUGGCUGGAGUACCAGACCCGCGUGGAGUCCCUCGUCUCCUGGAUCAAGCAGCACACGAUACUCAUGUCAGAUAAAUCCUUCCCCCAGAACCCUGUAGAGCUAAAGGCACUUUAUAACCAGUACAUACACUUCAAAGAAACUGAAAUCCCAGCAAAAGAGCAGGAAAAAGGAAGGAUAGAGGAGCUCUACAAACUGUUAGAGGUGUGGAUCGAAUUUGGACGCAUCAAGCUGCCCCAGGGCUACCACCCCAACGACGUGGAGGAGGAGUGGGGCAAGCUCAUCAUAGAGAUGCUGGAGCGGGAGAAGCUGCUGCGGCCCGCGGUGGAGAGGCUGGAGUUGCUGCUACAAAUCGCCAACAAAAUCCAGAAUGGUGCUUUGAGCUGUGAGGAGAAACUCACCCUGGCGAAGAACACGCUGCAGGCUGAUGCUGCUCACCUGGAGUCAGGGCAGCCGGUGCAGUAUGAGCACGACGUGGUCAUGUACCUGCAGGAGUGUGAGGGGCUCAUCCGCCAGCUCCAGGUGGAUGUGCAGAUCCUUCGGGAUGAGAAUUACUACCAGCUGGAGGAGCUGGUGUUCAGGAUCAUGCGGCUGCAGGAUGAGCUGGUGACGCUGAGGCUGGAAUGCACUAACCUGUACAGGAAAGGUCACUUCUCCACCCUGGAGCUGGUGCCCACUUCCACACUGAGCACAACGCACUUGAAGGGCGAGUCCCUGACCAAAGGGCUUCACACCUCCUCUGCCUCCUGGUUCCGGAAGCCCAUGACCAGGACAGAGCUGGUGGCCAUCUCCUCUUCUGAAGAUGAGGGCAGCCUCCGGUUCGUGUAUGAGCUGCUGGCCUGGGUGGAGGAGAUGCAGAUGAGACUGGAGCGGGCAGAGUGGGGAACAGACCUGCCGAGUGUGGAAACCCAGCUGGAGACCCAGCGGCACGUCCAUACCAGCGUGGAGGACCUGGGCUCCAGCGUAAAGGAGGCCAGGAUGUAUGAGGGUAAAAUGUCUCAGAACUUCCGUGCCAGCUACACAGAGACACUUGGCAAGCUGGAGACACAGUACUGCAAGCUGAUGGAAACCUCGAGCUUCCGGCUGAGGCACCUCCAGAGCCUGCAUGGGUUUGUGUCCCGGGCCACUGCUGAGCUCAUCUGGCUCAAUGAGAAGGAGGAGGAGGAGCUGGCCUACGACUGGAGCGACAGCAACACUAACAUUGCAGCCAAGAGAAACUACUUCUCGGAGCUGAUGACAGAGCUGGAUGAGAAGCAGGACAUCUUCCGCUCCCUCCAAGACACAGCAGAGCUGCUGUCCCUGGAGAACCACCCGGCCAAGCAAACUGUAGAGGCCUACAGCGCUGCUGUGCAGACCCAGUGGCAGUGGAUUAAGCAGCUCUGCUUGUGCGUGGAGCAGCACGUGAAGGAGAACGCUGCCUAUUUCCAGUUCUUCAGUGAUGCCCGGGAGUUGGAGACCUACCUGCGCACCCUGCAGGACUCCAUCAAAAGGAAGUAUUCCUGUGACCAUAACACGAGCCUGACGCGCCUGGAGGACCUGCUGCAGGACUCCAUGGACGAGAAGGAGCAGCUCAUCCAGUCCAAGAGCUCCGUCGCCAGCCUGGUGGGACGCUCCAAAACCAUCGUGCAGCUGCGGCCCAGGAACCCGGAGCACCUCGUGAGGAGCACGAUCCCCAUCAAGGCUGUUUGUGACUAUCGGCAGAUCGAGAUCACCAUCUGCAGGAAUGACGAGUGUGUGCUGGAGGACAAUUCCCAGAGGACCAAGUGGAAGGUGAUCAGCCCCACAGGGAAUGAGGCCAUGGUGCCUUCGGUGUGUUUCCUGAUCCCCCCGCCCAACAAAGAGGCCAUCGAGAUGGCCAACAGGAUAGAACAGUUGUACCAGAAAGUGAUGGCUCUCUGGCACCAGCUGCACAUGAACACAAAGAGCCUCAUCUCCUGGAACUACCUGCGGAAGGACAUAGCCCUGGUGCAAAGCUUCAGCAUGGAAAAGCUCCGGUCCUUGGCGCAAGGGGAGUGCCAGCAAGCCAUGAAGAGCCUCCAGGCGCACUAUGAGGACUUCCUGCAGGACAGCCGGGACUCGGAGCUCUUCUCCGUGUCGGACAGGCUGCGCCUGGAGGAGGAAGUGGAGUCUUCCAAGGAACACAUCCGGCAGCUGCUGGAGUCCAUGGAGAACGAAGACAAGGACGAGACCGUUGCCAGGACGUACCUCUCGGAGCUGAAGAACAUCCGCCUGCGCCUGGAGGAGUGCGAGCAGCGGCUCGUGAGCCGCAUCCAGGCCCCCAGCAGCGCCCGAGCGGAUGCUGACACCAUCCAGGAAAACACCAUCCGCAUUGCGGAGCAGGAGCGGAUGCAGGAGGAUCUGCAGCGGCUGCAGUCGGACCUGCGGUUUGUUUCGGAGAGAUGCUACAGCUUCCUCAACAAGGCGCCCGCAGGGUCCAGCACACCCCACCUGCGUUCUGAACUCGACUUGGUGGUGAGCAAGAUGGACCAGAUGCAUGGGCUGUCUUCCACCUACCUGCAAAAGUUGAAGACGGUUGAUGUUAUCAUUCGUAACACCCAAGGAGCAGAAUCUCUGGUCAAAGGGUAUGAGGUUAAACUGAGCCAAGAGGAGGCAGUGCCUGCUGACCUGGCCGCUAUCCAGUCCCACAGAGCAGCCUUACAGCAAUGGCUCGGGGAGGUGAAGGACAAGGGCUCCGUGUUCUCCACGCUGGAGGAGGAGCUGGCGAAGGCGAAGGCGGUGGCGGAGCAGCUCUACCGGCUGCGGCAGGAGCGCAGCAUCGACCUUGAGCGCUACCAGGAGAAGGGCACCCAGCUCUGGGACCGCUGGCAGCGCGUCUGUGCCCAGAUCGAGACCCGCCAUGCAGAGCUGGAGAGCAUCCAGGAGGUGCUGAGUGACUACCGGCAGUGCCACAGUGCCCUGAUCCAGUGGAUCGAGGAGAUCACAGUGCAGCAGGAGCUGAUGAAGCCCGGGCAGGCAGAGGACAGCCGGGUGCUGUCGGAGCAGCUCAGCCAGCAGACGGCUUUGGCUGCAGAGAUAGAGAACAAUCAAGCCAAACUGGACCAGUGUCAGAAGUUCUCCCAGCAAUACUCAGCUGCUGUCAAGGACUACGAGCUGCAGCUCAUGACAUACAGGGCGUUCGUGGAGUCGCAACAGAAGUCGCCCAUGAAGCGCCGGCGGAUGCUCUCCUCCUCGGAUGCCAUCACGCAGGAGUUUAUGGAUUUACGGACUCGCUACACAGCUCUGGUGACAUUAACCACACAGCACGUGAAGUACAUCAGCGAUGCUCUCCGGCGUCUGGAGGAGGAGGAGAAAGUGGUAGAGGAGGAGAAGCAGGAGCAUGUGGACAAGGUGAAGGAGCUGCUGGGCUGGGCCGUGGGCUUGAAGCAGAGUGUGCAAGGCAGGAUGGCUGCUGCUGGGAGCAGGGAGCUGGGCGACAUAGAGAAAUCCAUCUCGGAGCAGCAGGCCCUGAAUGAGGAGCUGGCUGCAAAGAAGGAGCAGGUCUCUGAGGCCAUCAAAACUUCACAGAUCUUCCUGGCAAAGCACAGCCACAAGCUUUCCCAUCCGGAGAAGGAGCAGAUUUCCGCUCAGCUUGGUGCUUUGAAGGAGACCUACCAGGAGCUGUGCAGUGACUCCACAGAGCAGCUCCAGCAGCUCCAGAACCAGCUGGCUCAGGAGGCAGAGCACAAGGGCAGCGAAGCAGUGGCAGGCGUGAUUGAUCUUGGCACCGUAGAAAUAUUCCCUGUCUUUGGUGCCAUGCAAAGAGGUCUUAUAGAUCAGGACACUGGCCUCGUCCUCUUGGAGGCCCAGGUUAUCACAUCUGACUUAGUUGUUCCAGAGACCAAUGAGAAGCUCUCCUUGGAGGAAGGUCUGGCAAGAAACCUCAUCGAUCCCAGGACAUUCCAGGUGCUGCAGGAAUUGAAGGAUGCUCUUCACCGGGUGGAAGAAGUCAGAUGUGAAGGGAGGCAGCUCCUACCUGUUGUUGCUGCGAUAGAAGAAGGGAGGAUCAGUGAGAGCAUUGGGCUGAAGAUUCUUGAAGCUGAGCUCGUCACAGGGGGCUUUAAAGUCCAUCAGGGCAGAAUCAGCAUGGAGGCAGCAGUACAAGAAGGGCUCCUUACCCACGAGCUUUACUCCAGGCUCGCCUCUCACCUGGAGGGUGCCAAGGAUUUGGUUGACCCCAACACUGCUGAGAAAGUCAGUCUGCUUGAGCUCACACACCGAUGCAUCACCCACCAAGAGACGGGGCUGAGGCUGCUCCCAGUCAAGCAGCUGGCGGGUGGGAUGCUCAGCUUGAGCUCAGGCAGGAAAGUCAGCAUCUUCCGUGCGGUCCAGGAGGGGCUGAUAGACAAGCAGGUCACGGUCAGGUUGCUGGAAGCCCACCUCUUUGCUGGUGGCAUUGUGGACCCCAGGACAGGGCACAGACUCACUGUGGAUGAGGCCAUGAGGCAUAAUUUAAUUGACCAGGAUUUGGCAUGUACACUUCUUACCCGGCAGCUUCAGACUGGUGGCAUCAUCGAUACCAUCACGGGAGAGAGACUGACCAUUGAUGAAGCUGUAAGGAAAGAGUUGGUUGCACCAAGAAUUGCACUGGUGGUCCUGGAAUCCCUGUGGUCCUUCAUGGGGCUCCUGUGGCCGGAGACAGGGGAGAUCAUCCCGGUUGUGGAUGCUUUAGAGCAAGGAAUCCUGUCCACAGAGUUGGUUUACAAGAUUCUCAGCAAGAGGCAACAUAUUAAGGGUGUAUUUAUACCAGAAACCACGGAGGUGUUGUCCUGGAAGAAAGCUGUUGAACAUGGCAUCUUGGAGAGGGAUGUGGUGAAUAGGCUGAAAUCAACAGUCAUGCCUGAUGUCAUGGCCAGCGUGCAGCUUGCUGGCUCCCCAGGGAGCAGGCAUGGCCAGAGCUCUGCUGCAAGGAGUCCCACAGAUCACAAAGAGCAAAGUGACCCCCUGCUGAGGAGUGAUGACGACCGGCUGAUGUUCCACUUGAUGACCCACAGCUACAUCAACAUCCAUGAUGGCCAGAAGCUGCUCUUAGUGGAUGGAGAGUUGAACAAUCUCACUAAAGCCCUCAUCCAAACCCAAGAAAAUGGAUCCUGUGCAUACACAUUGGAAGACAGUGAAGGCCUUGAGGAGACAAAGGCAAAUGCAGCUCUUAAAAGUGAGCCUUGCAAUGGUUUGGCUUUGCAGCAGCUUGAGUUUCAACUUGCUUCAUCAAAAGAGCAAAGUGAUAAGGCCCUACCAACCACAACUGCUUUGGAGAAUGGGGAGGUGGCAAUGGGACCUGAAAGCCUCCUGAUGGAGGAUGCAGAAGAUGUCCUGCUUGUGGAGGAGCAGGAGCAGGUUUAUACCGAACAGGCUACUGUCAAGAGUGAAACCGAUGCUGAGUUUGGAAGAGAGGAAAUAGAUUCUACAAGCAAGGACGAGCAUCAUGGAGAAUUACCAAUGCCAGGACAUCCUGGUGAGCUCGGUAGUGGAUUCAGAGUAACAGAAGAGAUAAUGAUUGAGACAGAAGAAGAGUCCGAGUCUACUGCAGUAGAUGGAGUGGAAGGUAUUGAAGAUCAGAAGAGGGCGCCAGAAGUUGCAGCAGUUGUUGUGAAAAGUGAGAUCUGCAUAUCGAUGGGUGUUUCAGAGCAUAGGGAUAGACUGGAAAUCAUGGCAGAGAGGUCUCAGGGUGUGGAGGAACCUGAACCAGAGGCUGAAGAUAUUGGAGAGAUUUAUAUGUUACACGAGGAAAUGAUUGAGAAUGAUGUGUUGGGAGGAGAGGAGAUUGUGCUCCCUGAAACUGGAGAGGGGGAGCAAACAGAGAGGCAAGGCCAAGACAUUGAAAGCACAUUGGAAGUGGAAGAAGGAGAGGGGAAAGAAACAUUGGGUGAUGAGAGUGUUGAUGAAACAUCCCUGCCAGCCCCUGCAGAGCAGGAAGCAGAGGACACUUUGGAAAUGCUCUUAACGCAGCUCCAAAGUGGUGGCAUAGUCCAUGAGCAGACAGGCAAGACUCUUCUUCUGAAUGAAGCAGUCUCCUGCGGGGUGGUGCCCAGCCACACGGCUGUGAAACUCAUGGAGAAGAUGAAGAUGUUCAGUGGCUUCUUUGACCCUCAGACCUGUGAAUCAUUGACCACCGAGGAUGUCAUUGAAGAAGGUCUGAUGGAUGAAAGGCUUCUCCAGAAGGUGCUUGCAUCUGACAAGGCAAUAAGUGGCGUUCUUGACCCAGGCAAUAACUUUGUCUACUCUGUCAAGGAUGCUGCUGCCGUUGGCCUUUUGGACAAGGAAACAGCAAUGAGGAUCUUGGAAGGGCAAGUGGUUACUGGAGGGAUUGUUGACUUGAAACGUGGCAAGAAAGUGUCAGUCACUUUGGCUUCAAAUCUGGGCCUCAUAGAGCCAACAAACCAGAAGGAGCUGGUCAAGCUGGAGAAGGCCUCCAAAGGGAAAGGUACCGAUGAGGCGACCAGACAGAAGCUCAUUAGCUUACAGGCUGAGACCAGUGGGAUUGUGGAUCCUAAAACCAAGCAGCCUCUGACUGUUGCCCAGUCUGUUGAAAAAGGGCUCCUGAGAAAGGAAAAAGCUUUUCAGCUCUUGACCAAGCAAAUUGCUGAGGGAGGAAUCAUCCAUCACGUGUCUGGAAUGAGACUGUCGGUAAAUGAGGCGAUGAAGCACGGUUUGAUUGAUGAAGAUCUAUGUGAGGAACUUGGGAAAGCUGAAAGCGUGUGUCUGCAGGGCUAUGUCCAUCCAGACACAAAGGAGAAGUUGCCUUUGCCCCAGGCAGUAUCCUUAGGGCUCCUUAGUGUAGACUUCCAGAGGAAAGUGCAAGAAAUCCAAGCUGGGAGUGGAAGCAUCUUUGACCCUGCUUCUGGCUGUAGACUGGCACUGUGUCAGGCAGUGCAGGAGGGCUUGGUGCCCCAGCCGGUUGUGGAGAAGGCCCUGUCAUCCGCCGAGGUGAAAGAAGGGCUCGUAGAUCCCGAGUCCUGCAUGCUCGUUCCCUACUCGGAGUUCCUCAAGAAGUGUAAAAUCGACAUUGAGUCUGGGCAGAGGUACCUGGAGGUCCAUCCCUUCCACGCCAUCCGGGACGAGGCGACGGGGCAGCAGCUGACGUGCGCCGCAGCGGUGCGCCUGGGCAAGGUGGACCCCGUGCCCGCGCUGCGGGUGCUGCAGGCGCAGGCAGACGGUGGUGGGGUGGUGGAGGGCUCUGGGAGCAAGAGGCUGUCCCUGAGGGCUGCUGUGGAGCAGGGGCUGCUGGAUGAGGGCAUGGCCGAGCUCAUCGCCGCCAACCAGGUGAGGGCUGGGGGAAUUGUUGAUGCUAGCAGUGGGAAAAGGGUGACUUUAAAGGAAGCUGUUGAAAAAGGACUGAUUAGCCAGAAAUUAGCUGCCAGGCUUCAGGAUGCUCAAGUAUCCGAAGACAAAUCCACAUCUGAGGUCUGUGAAGUAGAUAAACAGCAGGAAAAAGUAUCUCCAAAAGAGGAAGAUGUCAUCCGUGCUACCAGUGCUGCCAAGAAGCCUGAUGGUGCUGAGCACAAACCUGACCCUGAAGCCGUGAGCUACGAUAUGGCUGGUGGUGCAACUGCUGCCACUGGGAGACCCCCGGUGACAGCGACAGAAGGGGAAUCGAAACCUCAGGAAGCUUCAGAGGAUGGUUUAAUGCACCAUCCCCAGGAAAUGGUCCAGCUGACUCCAGAGUACCCCUCAGGUUUAGGUGCAGCAUCUCUCCCUGAAGAGACAGUGGUGGUGAGGGCUAUGGAAAAGGAGAUGGCAAAAAGCAGCUCCCAGGUGAGAACUGCCUGGGGGAAGGAAUCGAGGAGAGAAGUAGAUCAAGGGACAGGGAAAACGGAGGGAUUUGGCUUGGAGAAAAAGCAGGAUGUGGAGGUGCUUCAGAGCGUGGAGGAGGAGAGGAGGAGGAGAGGGUUUGUAAGUGCAGAGGGAGCUGCAGCAGGUGAAGAAGGUGCAGUGGAGGCUUUUGAGCAAGGAGGACGAGCAGGCAGCCUGGACCGGGUACCACCAGCAGCCCUGAGGGCAUCUGUUACUGAGGGUCAAGGGAAGGAAGAAGUGAGUCCUGCAGAGUCUGCAGAGCCCCCUGAGACCAGCAUCCCUACAAAGCCUGAAGGAGAUGAGCUUGCAGGUGAAAGAGCUGUCAAACCCACUGAAGGAGAAACCCCGAGAGUGGGUGCAGAAGGUCCAGUUGACCAGGAGAAAACAAGUGAAACGGAACUAAAACCCACCCAGAAGCAGAAGAGGAAGAAAAAGAAAGCAAAGCAGAUCAGUAGUGCGGGAGACAGCGCUCAGCCAGAGAGAUCUGCAGAAAAGCAGUCCCUUCCUUCUCUGAUUUCCAAAGAAAUCCCAGGGAAGAAGGAGAAGGGCUUGGUCUUGAGCACAGCAGAACCAAAACAUGAAACCAGCACCAGGAUUAUCUCCGAGGAAGAUAAAGAAAACCUCAUUGGGGCUCAGGUGUCCCCUGUCCCCCCAGGGCAAGAGGGAGCUCCAGAGGUGAUGGAAAGUGGGAUCAGAAAUGGACGGGAUUCCUCAGCAGCAUUGAGCCUGGAGGAGGGGAUGACCCAGGAAGACACCAAGGUGGAAGCCACUGGUGAUGUGUCCAUCACAGCCCCUGCAGCAGGCGAACUGCCCCAGGAGUUACUUAUCAGAGAGGAGCCCAGCGAAGCUGAGGAAGCCUCUGCUGCAGUCCUUGAGCCUGGAGAAGAGAAACAGCAAGAGCCAAGAGCGGAGGUCAGCACAGGGCAAGAAGGUGGCCCUGCUCCCCCAAGAUCCCAAGGAGAAACAGCCCAGGAUAGGAGCAGGCAGCCGGGUCCUGGCGACCGGAGCUUGCUCCUCCCUGUGAUAGUGGAGGGGGAGCUGCUGGAAACCUCGAGGGAAUCCACGAGACCAGCCCAGAUCAUGUUCAGCAAGAAGAUGUGUCUGGAGCACGACGAGAAGCUGAUAUCCUAUCUCUCCAUGCUCCGAGAUGUCGAGAUGCGGAUCAAGCGGGUGCAGCCGGCGGAGCAGAGUUUGGCAGCUCUGCACGAGCUGCUGCGGCAGGCAGAGGCCCUGGGCACUGAGCUGCAGGAGCUCAGCUUCCCAGUGAAUCAGGAGCUGGACGCCGUGAAGCAGAUUGUGGCCAACCCCCCUGAAGAAGUCCCUGAGCAAUUGCUGAAGGCUUUGGAGAAGGAUGCCAAGAACCUGCAGAAGUCUCUGAGCUCCACGAGUGAUGUCCUGGAGUCCCGGCUGCAAAACCUGCGUGGGGCAGCAGAAACUGAAAAGGCUAAAAUCCUGGCACAUCAUGAGACUCUCCAGGGCAAGCUCCAGGAGCUGCUGAGCUGGGUCUCCAGCACUGCACAGUCGCUGGAGGGCAGUGAUUACGACCACGAGACUGAUGCCAACAGCCUGAGCCGCUGCCUGCAGCAGUACAAGGAGCUGAAAGAGCCCUUGGCUGACACCAAGUCUCAGCUCGACGCCACUGCCUUCGACAUCCAGUUCCUUAUCUCGGAGCACGCACAGGACCUGACCCCUCAGCAGAGCAGGCAGCUGCUGCGGCUGCUCAAUGAGCUGCAGAAGGCUUUCCGGGACCUGGCGGAGCACGUCACGGCUCGGGUGGAGGUCCUGCAGGUCUGCCUGCAGCAAGUGGAGCAGAUGGAUCAGGUGAAGACACUGCAGGAGCAGCAGGCAGCCCGGGGGCAGAGCCUGGCUGAGCUGAGCCGCUGGCUGAGCCAGGCUGAGGAUGCGCUGGUGGAGCAGCAGAGAGCAGCCAGCGAAGGGGACCUGUCCACCCUGCAGCAGAGGCAGAGCCAUGUCAAGGAGCUGCAGAGGAACAUGCACACCCGAGCCGCCUCCUUCGCCAGCAUCCUCAAAAGCACUGAGGAGUUUUUGGAGGACAACAAGGCGAAGAUGGAGCCUGGGGAGCUGGCAGCGCUGCAAGAGAAGCUCCAGCACGCCAAGGAGCAGUACCGGUCCCUGCAGGAGAGGACGGAGAUGGCCCAGAAGGAGCUGGAGAGCGCCGUGACUGCUGCAGUGCAGCAGGAGACUGAAAAGGUGAAAGCUGCCAAAGAGCUGGAGGAGAACAGCAAGAAGAUCCAUUCCCUUCUGAACUGGGUGGCAUCACUGGAGCAGAAGGGAGGGCUCCUGGAGUACAGACCCCACCCCAUCGAGCAGGCACGAGGGGAUGUCCCUGAUGGCCACGUCGUGGGAGCUGACAGUGCUGCCGAGAGCCUGGAUGAGCAGUACGAGAGGCUGAAGGCCCAGCACCAGGAGCUGCUGUCCCAGCAGCAGGAUGUCAUCCUGGCCACGCAGUCAGCGCAGGCGUUCCUGGACAAGCACGGCCACAGCCUGACCGGGGAGGAACGGGCCGGGCUCCAGGGCCGCCUGUCAGAGCUCAAGCACCAGUACGGGGCUUCCCUGGCGCAGUCGGAAGCGCGGCUGAAGCAAGUGCAGGUCCUGCGGGAUGAGCUGCACAAGUUCCUGCGGGAUCACGGCGAGUUCGAGGCCUGGCUGGAGCAAGCGGAGCAGGAUCUGGAGGGGAUGGCCAAGAUGGGCAGCGACCCCGCAGCGCUCCGGAGGCUGCUCCAGUGGCAGGGCAGCUUCUCCGAGGAUGUCAUCUCGCACAAAGGGGACCUGCGCUUCGUUACCAUGUCGGGGCAGAAGGUGCUGGAUGCGGAGGGAGCUGCUGGGGAUGCCGGCUCCCAGGCGCUGAUGUCCGGGAGCGUGGUCAGGAGCAAGCUGGAGGAUGCGACGCGGCGAUACACCACACUGCACUCCAGGUGCACCAAGCUCGGUUCCCACCUCAGCACCUUGCUGGAUCACUACCAGCAGUUCCAGGAGGUGGCAGAGUCCCUCAGGACAUGGCUGCAGGAGAGUGAAGCUGCCAUUGGGAAACUGCUCUCGGAGACGGUUUCUUCGGAUCCGGCCCUUCUGCAGAAGCAGCUCUCCAGUGCCAAGCAGUUGCAGGGAGACCUCGCUGAGCAUCAGGUGCCAGUGGAGAAGCUCCAGAAAGCAGCUCAGUCCCUGCUGGAAGUACAAGGGGAGCCGGCUCCGGACCAUGGGCACAUCCAGGAAACAACAGAUGCCAUCGUGAGCCGCUUCCAGAGCCUCUCCCAGCAGAUGGCCGAGCGCUCAGACCUGCUGCAGAAAUCCAUUGCCCAGUCCCAGAGCGUCCAGGAGAGCCUGGAGAGCCUCCUGCAGUCGGUGGCUGAGAUUGAGAAGAGCCUGGAGAGGGAGCAGCCGGCUGCGCUCUCCUCUGCAUCCAUCCAGGACUCGCUUGCCACGAACGCGAAGCUGAAGCAGGACAUCGCCCGGCAGAAGAGCUGCCUGGAAGCCACCCGGGAGAUGGUGACACGGUUCACGGAGGCAGCAGACAGCCCCACGGCCUCGGCCCUGCAGGACAAGCUGGCGGAGGUGACGGAGCACUUUGGGAGGCUGUGCCAGCAGCAGCGGGACAGGGAGGAUGCCCUGAAGGGGCUCCUGCCCAAGGUGGAGCAGUACGAGCAGCUCUCGGAGAAGCUGCAGCAGUUCACCGAGAGCAGGGCAAGGAUGCUGGCAUCUGGGAAUCAGCCGGACCGGGACAUCGCUCGCUUCUUCCAGCACAUCCAGGAGCUGAACUCGGAGCUGAGGCAGCACCAGGAGGACCUGGCUGUCCUGGAGACCCUGGCUGCGGAGCUGGGCUCCUGCGGCUUCGCCCCUGGCGCUUCCCAGCAGCAGGAGAGGCUGCAGAGCCUGAAGAAAGACUUUGUGCAGCUGCAGAAGGUGGCAGAGGAGAGAGAAAAGGAUGCGUCGUCCUGCCAGGAGCAACUGGAUGAGUUUCGGAAGCUGGUUGGGGCCAUGAGGAAGUGGCUGAGGGAGAGUGAAGGCAAAAUGCCGCCCGCUGAGACCUCCCUGGGCACCCAGGAGCUGCAUCAGCGCCGGCAGCAGAUCCAGGAUCUGCUGGAGGAGUGGAAGGGGAAGGGGGCUCAGGUGGAGGAGAUCGGCCGCAGAGGGACCCUCCUGGAGAACCUCAUUGUGGAGAUAACGGCCCCCGAUGCCCCCCCUAAGGCAGGUGCGGCGCUGCCCGCUCCGGGAGGGUCGCUCGGCAGCGUGAACGGAUACCACACAUGCAAAGAUCUGACUGAGAUCCAGUGCGAUGUGUCUGACGUGAGCCAGCAGUACCAGGGCCUCGGCGCGGCGCUGCAGGAGCGCCAGCAGCAGCUCUCGGCUAUGCUGGAGAAGAUGCAAGAGGUGCAGGAGGAGGCCAGCUCCUUGCUGAAGUGGCUGGAGUCGAAGGAGCGAAUGUUGUCGGAGCUGGACGCCUCCUCCUCGCCCACCAAGACAGAGACAAUGAGAGCCCAAGCUGAGCACAACAAGGCAUUUCUGGCUGAACUGGAACAGAAUUCAGGGAAGAUCCAGAAGGUGAAGGAAGCACUUUGUGGCUUGCUGGAGAAAUACCCAGAUUCUCCAGAAGCAGUGAACUGGAAGAAGAUGCAGGAAGACCUGAAUUGCAGGUGGGAAAGAGCCAGCCAGGCGACGGCAGCACGGCAGCAGAAGCUGGAGGAGUCGGUGAACCAGCUGGCCAGCUUCCAGGCUGCUGAAGCCCAGCUGCGGCCUUGGCUGCUGGAGAAGGAGCUGAUGAUGAGCGUGCUGGGACCCCUCUCCAUCGACCCGAACAUGCUGAACGCGCAGAAGCAGCAGGUCCAGUUUAUGCUGAAGGAAUUUGAAGCCCGCAGACAACAGCAUGAGCAGCUCAACCAGGCAGCUCAGAGCAUCUUGACUGGCCCUGGAGAUGUUUCUCCAUCCGCUAACCAGGUGCGGGAAGAGCUCCAAGGGGUUAAUCAGAAAUGGUCUGAGCUAACGGAACGCCUCAACUCCCGCUCCAGCCAAAUUGACCAAGCCAUAGUGAAGAGCACCCAGUACCAGGAGCUCCUCCAGGGCCUGUCGGAGAAGGUGAAGGCAGUUGGGCAGCGCCUGAGCAGCCAGUCUGCCAUCAGCACCCAGCCCGAUGCCGUGAAACAGCAGCUGGAGGAAACCAGUGAGAUCCGCUCGGACCUGGAGCAGCUGGAAGAGGAGAUCACGGAGGCUCAGACCCUCUGUGAUGACCUCUCUGUCCUCAUCGGGGAGCAGUAUCUCAAAGAUGAGCUACGGAAACGUCUGGAGACAGUGGCGCUGCCUCUCAAAGGGCUGGAAGACCUGGCAGCCGACCGGAUGAACCGACUGCAGACUGCCUUUGCCAGUUCCCAGCAGUUCCAGCAUAUGUUUGAUGAACUCAGGACCUGGCUCGAUGACAAACUGUGCCAGCAAGCUCAGAGCCAACCCAUUUCUGCUAAACUGGAGAGGCUACAGAGCCAAAUUCAGGAGCAAGAAGAGUUCCAGAAGAACCUCAACCAACACAGUGGUUCCUAUGAGAUGAUUGUAGCCGAGGGAGAAUCUUUGCUGCUUUCUGUCCAACCUGGGGAGGAGAAGACCACUCUGCAAAACCAGUUGGUCAGCCUCAAAACGCACUGGGAAGAGCUCAGCAAGCAGGCUGCCCACAGGCACUCUAAGCUCAAGGACUGUUUGCAGAAAGCUCAGAAGUACCAACGGCACGCAGAGGACCUCCUGCCUUGGGUGGAGGACUGCAAGGCAAAGGUGAUGGAGCUGGAAGUAACUCUGGAUCCAGUGCAGCUGGAGGCAACCCUUCUGAGAUCAAAGGCUAUGCUGAGCGACGUGGAGAAGCGGCGCUCCUUGCUGGAGAUGCUCAACAGCGCUGCCGACAUCCUCAUUGAUGCUUCUCAAACCGAUGAGGAUGACAUUCGGGAUGAGAAGGCUGGCAUCAAUCACAAGAUGGAUGCCAUCACAGAAGAGCUGCAAGCCAAGACUGGCUCCAUUGAAGAAAUGUCACAGAGGCUCAAGGAGUUUCAAGAGAGCUUCAAGAACAUUGAGAAGAAGCUGGAAGGGGCGAAGCACCAGCUGGAGAUCUACGAUGCACUGGGGCCACAGGCCUGCAGCAACAAGAAUUUGGAGAAGCUCAGGGCACAGCAGGAGGUGCUGCAGGCCCUGGAGCCACAAGUGGAUUAUCUGAGAAACCUCACUCAAGGUCUGGUAGAAGAUGCCCCAGAUGGGUCUGACUGUUCCCAGCUCCUAAGCCAAGCUGAGGUGGCUCAGCAGGACUUCCAAGCUGUGAAGCAGAAAGUCAAUGACUGCUGUGCACUUAUGGAGAACAAGCUUGAAGGGAUCGGUCAGUUCAGUAACCGGGUCAGGGAGAUGUUCUCCCAGCUGGCGGAUCUUGAUGAUGAGCUGGAUAGCAUGGGCCCCAUCGGGAGAGACUCUGACAGCCUCCAGUCCCAAGCAGAGGACGUUCGCACGUUCCUGGGCAAGCUCCAUGGGCUGAAGUGUGACAUUGAAGCUUCUGAAAGCGAAUGUAAGAAGAUGCUGGAGGACGAAGGGAGCCCAGAUUUAUUAGGACUGAAACGUGAGCUGGAGACACUGAAUAAACAGUGCAGCAAACUGACAGAGAGAGGCAAGAACCGCCAGGAGCAGGUAGAAACGACGCUGUCUCGUGUCGAGGACUUCUACAGCAGGCUGAAGGAGCUGACCCACAUGACAACCGCAGCAGAGGACAACGAGGCGUUGCAGUGGGUGGUGGGAACAGAGGUGGAAACCAUCAACCAGCAGCUGGCAGACUUCAAGCUGUUCCAGAAGGAGCAAGUGGAUCCUCUCCAGCUAAAACUACAGCAAGUCAAUGGAGUUGGUCAAGGACUCAUCCAAAGCGCCGGGAAAAACUGUGAUGUCCAAGGGCUGGAGCAUGACAUGGAAGAAAUCAACACCCGCUGGAAUACCCUCAACAAGAAGGUGGCCCAACGAGUUGCUCAGCUGCAAGAGGCCCUAUUGCACUGCGGGAAGUUCCAGGAUGCCCUGGAGCCGUUGCUGAGCUGGCUGGCAGACACCGAGGAGCUCAUCUCCAACCAGAAACCUCCCUCUGCCGAGUACAAGGUGGUGAAAGCCCAGAUCCAGGAGCAGAAGCUGCUCCAGCGCCUCCUGGACGAUCGCAAAGCCACCGUGGAGAUGAUCCAGGCGGAAGGCGGCCGGAUCGCGCAGUCGGCAGAGCCCGCGGACCGGGAGAAGAUCGUGGGGCAGCUGGAGAGCCUGGAGCGGCGCUGGGCAGGGCUGCUGGGCAGCGCGGCCGGCAGGCAGAAGCAGCUGGAGGACAUCUUGGUCCUGGCAAAGCAGUUCCACGAGACCACAGAGCCCGUGUUGGACUGGCUCUCGGUGACAGAGAAGAAACUGGCCAAUUCAGAGCCUAUCGGCACCCAGACUGCCAAAAUCCAGCAGCAGAUCAGUCGGCACAAGGCUCUAGAGGAAGAGAUAGAGAGCCAUGCGGGCGACGUGGCCCGGGCGCUCGGGGUCGGGCAGUCCCUCUCCUCCCUGAGCUGUGCCGCUGAGCGCAGGCUGCUGGCAGAGCGGUUGGAGUCUCUGCAGAGCCGCUACGGCGAGGUCCAGGAGCGGUGCUGCCGGAAGGCAGCGCUGCUGGAUCAGGCGCUAUCGAACGCCAGGCUCUUUGGGGAGGAGGAGGUGGAAGUGCUCAACUGGCUGGCUGAGGUCGAGGACAAGCUCGGCUCGGUAUCCGUAAAGGAUUACAAACGGGACGUCCUGCAGAAGCAGCAUGCCGACCAGCUGGCUUUGAAUGAGGAAAUUGUCAACAGGAAGAAGAAUGUGGACCAAGCCAUUAGAAACGGGCAAGCUCUUCUGAAGCAAACCACAGGGGAGGAGGUGUUGCUGAUCCAGGAGAAGCUGGAUGGGAUCAAGACCCGCUAUUCGGACAUCACCGCCGCCAGCUCCAAAGCACUGCGCACACUGGAGCAGGCUCGGCAGCUGGCCACCAAGUUCCAGUCCACGCACGAGGAGCUCACGAGCUGGAUGAGCAGCGUGGAGGAUGAGCUGGCUUCCAGCGGGGGACAGUCCCCAGCCAGCGAGCAGAUACCCCAGUUCCAGCAGAGGCAAAAGGAGCUGAAGAAGGAGGUGAUGGAGCACAGGCUUGUCCUGGACACGGUGAAUGAGGUGAGCCGAGCGCUCUUGGAGCUGGUUCCCUGGCGAGCCCGGGAAGGGCUGGACAAGCUGGUGUCCGACACCAACGAGCGCUACAAGCUGGUCAGUGACACCAUCAAACAGAGAGUGGAAGAAAUCGAUGCUGCUAUUCAGAGGUCUCAACAGUACGAGCAGGCGGCUGAUGCGGAGCUGGCCUGGGUGGCUGAGACCAAGCGGAAGCUGAUGGCUCUCGGUCCCAUCCGCCUGGAGCAGGACCAGACAACAGCCCAGCUGCAGGUGCAGAAGGCUUUUUCCAUCGACAUCAUUCGGCACAAAGACUCUAUGGAUGAGCUGUUCAGCCAGCGCAGUGAGAUCUUUGGGACAUGUGGAGAGGAACAGAAAGCUGUUCUCCAGGAGAAGACCGAGUCCCUGGUGCAGCAGUACGAAGCCGUGAGCCAGCUCAACUCGGAGCGCUACACUCGCUUGGAGCGUGCCCAGGUCCUGGUCAACCAGUUCUGGGAGACCUAUGAGGAGCUGAACCCCUGGAUCGAGGAGACACAAGCCCUCAUCUCCCAGCUGCCCCCUCCGGCCAUCGAUCACGAGCAGCUCAAGCAGCAGCAGGAGGACAUGAGGCAACUGCGAGAGUCCAUUGCUGAGCAUAAGCCUCAUAUUGACAAGCUGCUGAAAAUCGGGCCGCAGCUCAAGGACCUGAACCCCGAGGAAGGGGAGAUGGUGCAGAAGAAAUACUCCACAGCAGAGGCCAUGUAUGCCCGAAUCAAGGAGGAGGUGUGUCAGCGGGCUCUGGCGCUCGACGAGGCCGUCUCGCAGUCCACACAGUUCCAUGACAAGAUCGAGCCCAUGCUGGAGACGCUGGAAGCCCUCUCCUCCCGCCUGCGCAUGCCCCCGCUCAUCCCCGCCGAGGUGGAGAAGAUCCGGGAGUGCAUCAGCGAGAACAAAAGUGCCAGCGUGGAGCUGGAGAAGCUGCAGCCCUCCUUCGAGGCGCUGAAACGCCGUGGGGAGGAGCUGAUCGGCCGCUCGCAGGGAGCAGACAAGGACCUGGCAGCAAAAGUAAUCCAGGAUAAGUUGGAUCAGAUGGUCUUCUUCUGGGAAGACAUCAAAGCUCGGGCAGAGGAACGUGAAAUGAAGUUCCUUGAUGUCCUGGAGCUUGCAGAGAAGUUCUGGUACGACAUGGCAGCUCUCCUGACCACCAUCAAAGACACGCAGGACAUCGUGCAUGACCUGGAGAGCCCAGGCAUUGACCCCUCCAUCAUCAAGCAGCAGGUGGAAGCGGCAGAGACCAUCAAGGAGGAGACGGAUGGCUUGCACGAAGAGCUGGAGUUCAUCCGACUCCUUGGAACCGACUUGAUUUUUGCCUGUGGUGAAACUGAGAAGCCAGAAGUGAAAAAGAGCAUUGAUGAGAUGAACAACGCAUGGGAAAACCUAAACAAAACGUGGAAGGAGAGGCUUGAGAAGCUUGAGGAAGCCAUGCAAUCAGCUGUGCAAUACCAAGACACGCUUCAGGCCAUGUUUGACUGGCUGGAUAACGCCGUGAUCAAACUCUGCAACAUGUCUCCUGUGGGCACCGACCUCAACACGGUGAAGGAGCAGAUGAACGAGAUGAAGGAGUUUAAGAUGGAGGUUUACCAGCAGCAGAUUGAGAUGGAAAAGCUUAAUCACCAAGGUGAACUGAUGCUAAAAAAAGCUACAGAUGAGACAGACAGAGACAUCAUAAAGGAACCACUGACAGAGCUGAAACAUCUCUGGGAGAAUUUGGGCGAGAAGAUUGCUCACAGACAGCACAAGUUAGAAGCCGCUCUCCUGGCACUUGGACAAUUCCAGCACGCAUUGGCUGAGCUCAUGGCCUGGCUGACCCACACUGAAGAGCUGCUCGAUGCUCAGAAACCCAUCAAUGGAGACCCAAAAGUCAUCGAGGUUGAACUUGCGAAGCACCAUGUGCUGAAGAACGAUGUCCUGGCCCACCAGGCCACGGUGGAGACUGUGAACAAAGCAGGCAAUGAGCUGCUGGAGUCGAGCGCCGGGGACGAUGCCAGCAGCCUGCGGAACCGCCUGGAGAAGCUCAACUCCUGCUGGGAAUCGGUGCUGCAGAAGACGGAGGAGCGGGAGCAGCAGCUCCAGUCCACGCUCCAGCAGGCCCAGGGUUUCCAUGGUGAGAUUGAAGACUUCCUCCUGUGGCUAACGAGGAUGGAGAGCCAAUUGUCGGCAUCAAAACCCACAGGAGGGCUGCCAGAAACUGCCCGGGAACAGCUCAAUGCCCACAUGGAGCUCUACAGCCAGCUCAAAGCCAAGGAGGACACCUACAGCCAGCUGCUGGCCAAGGGGCGACUGAUGCUGCUGAACCGCGACGACUCGGGCUCGGGCUCAAAGACAGAGCAGAGCGUAGCGCUGCUGGAGCAGAAGUGGUGCCUGGUCAGCACCAAGAUGGAAGAGAGAAAGGCGAAGCUGGAGGAGGCGCUGGCCCUGGCCACCGACUUCCAGAAUUCCCUCCAGGAUUUCAUCAAUUGGCUCACGCUGGCCGAGCAGAGCCUGAACAUCGCGCCCCCGGCCAGCCUCAUCCUCAGCGCCGUGCUGGCCCAGAUCGAUGAGCACAAGGUGUUUGCCAAUGAGGUGAAUGCUCACCGGGAUCAGAUCAUCGAGCUGGAUCAAACUGGGAACCAGCUCAAGUUCCUCAGUCAGAAGCAGGAUGUGGUGCUGAUCAAGAACCUGCUGGUGAGCGUCCAGUCCCGCUGGGAGAAGGUCGUGCAGCGCUCCGUGGAGCGGGGACGGGCUCUUGAUGAUGCCAGGAAGAGAGCUAAGCAGUUCCAUGAAGCUUGGAAGAAACUGAUCGAUUGGCUGGAGGAUGCAGAGAAUCACCUGGACUCAGAGCUGGAGAUUUCCAAUGAUCCCGACAAAAUCAAGCUCCAGCUUUCCAAACACAAGGAGUUCCAGAAGACACUGGGGGGGAAGCAGCCUGUCUACGACACCACCAUCCGAACGGGCAGAGCCCUCAAAGAAAAAGCAUUGCUUGCAGAUGACACUCAAAAGUUGGACAAUUUACUGGGAGAAGUCCGGGAUAAAUGGGACACAGUGUGUGGCAAGUCUGUGGAAAGGCAGCACAAGCUGGAAGAAGCCCUCUUGUUCUCUGGCCAGUUCAUGGAUGCUCUGCAGGCCUUGGUGGACUGGCUCUACAAGGUGGAACCUCAGCUAGCUGAAGACCAACCUGUCCACGGUGACCUGGAUCUGGUCAUGAACCUGAUGGAUGCUCACAAGGUCUUCCAGAAGGAGCUGGGGAAGCGCACGGGCACGGUGCAGGUUCUGAAGCGCUCCGGCCGGGAGCUCAUCGAGAACAGCCGUGAUGACACGACCUGGGUGAAGGUGCAGCUGCAGGAGCUGAGCAACCGCUGGGACACGGUGUGCAAGCUGUCCGUGUCCAAGCAAACCCGCCUGGAGCAGGCCUUGAAGCAGGCAGAGGAGUUCAGGUCGGCUGUGCACAUGCUGCUGGAGUGGCUCUCGGAGGCAGAGCAAUCCCUGCGCUUCCGAGGAGCGCUUCCCGAUGAUGCCGAGGCGCUGCAGUCCCUCAUCGACGCACACAAGGAGUUCAUGAAGAAGGUGGAGGAGAAGCGAGUGGAUGUGAAUGCAGCCGUGGGCAUGGGGGAGGUCAUCCUGGCCGCCUGCCAUCCCGACUGCAUCACCACCAUCAAACACUGGAUCACCAUCAUCCGAGCCAGGUUCGAGGAGGUUCUCACAUGGGCAAAGCAGCACCAGCAGAGGCUGGAGUCUGCGCUUUCUGAGCUGGUGGCGAAUGCAGAGCUUCUGGAAGAGCUCCUGGCUUGGAUCCAGUGGGCUGAGACAACUCUGAUCCAGCGGGACCAGGAGCCCAUGCCACAGAAUAUUGACCAGGUCAAAGCCCUCAUCUCCGAACACCAGUCCUUUAUGGAGGAGAUGACACGGAAACAGCCGGAUGUGGACCGGGUGACGAAGACGUACAAGAGGAAAGCUACUGAGCCCCCCCACGGGCCUUUCAUUGAGAAGUCCCGCAGCAACAGAAAAUCCUUGGGUCAGGCGGCCCCCCCCAGCAUGCCCAUUAUCUCCCAGUCAGAAACAAAGAACCCCCGGAUAAACCAGCUCUCGGCCCGCUGGCAGCAGGUCUGGCUGCUGGCGCUGGAGCGGCAGCGGAAGCUCAACGAUGCCCUGGACAGGCUGGAGGAGUUGAAGGAGUUUGCAAACUUCGACUUCGACGUCUGGCGGAAGAAGUACAUGCGCUGGAUGAACCACAAGAAAUCCCGCGUCAUGGACUUCUUCCGGCGCAUCGACAAGGAUCAGGAUGGGAAGAUCACCCGGCAGGAGUUCAUCGAUGGAAUCCUGGCCUCCAAAUUCCCCACGACAAAGCUGGAGAUGACAGCGGUGGCUGAUAUCUUUGACCGUGAUGGUGAUGGCUACAUCGAUUACUAUGAGUUUGUGGCUGCUCUCCAUCCCAACAAGGAUGCCUACCGCCCCACCACUGAUGCCGACAAGAUUGAAGAUGAGGUCACCAGGCAAGUGGCCCAGUGCAAGUGUGCCAAGAGAUUUCAAGUGGAGCAGAUCGGCGAGAACAAAUACCGGUUCUUCCUCGGCAAUCAGUUCGGCGAUUCCCAGCAGCUGCGGCUGGUCCGUAUCCUGCGGAGCACGGUCAUGGUCCGCGUCGGGGGAGGAUGGAUGGCCCUGGAUGAGUUCCUGGUCAAGAAUGAUCCUUGCAGAGCACGAGGACGGACCAACCUCGAGCUCCGAGAGAAGUUCAUCUUGCCGGAGGGGGCCUCCCAGGGGAUGACGCCGUUCCGAUCGCGAGGCCGAAGGUCGAAACCAUCCUCCCGAGCCGCCUCCCCAACACGAUCCAGUUCCAGUGCCAGCCAGAGCAACCACAGCUGUGCUUCCAUGCCAUCCUCCCCCGCAACCCUGGCCAGCGGAGCCAAGACUCCACAUCACUUCUCUCGAUGUUAUGACAAACCCUGGUUGAUAAACAGUAAAGCGAGCACCCCCCUGAGGGGAUUCGAUUAUUCCGACUUCCAGCUCCCAAGCGCCGAGGUGACCCCCUCUGCGGGCAGCAAGCUGAAGAGACCCACCUUCCACUCCAGCCGCACCUCCCUGGCUGGGGACACCAGUAACAGCUCCUCACCCAUCUCCGCAGGUGCCAAAACCAGUUGGGCAGACCCCAAGAGGACAGCGAGCCGCCCCACCAGCCGUGCCGGGAGCCGCACCGGGAGCCGGGCCAGCAGCCGCCGCGGGAGCGACGCCUCCGACUUGGACGUGCUGGAGACGCAGUCGGCGUGCUCGGACACCUCGGAGAGCAGCGCGGCCGGCGGGCAGGGUGGAUCGCGCCGUGCCGCCGCCAAACCCUCCAAAAUCCCCACCAUGUCCAAGAAAAGCACCACUGCCACCCCGAAAACACCCGGCCCCAAGAGAUAAUACUGUACCGAGGCACAGGGAGAGAGGAAACCCGACCCGUGUCCAGUUUUUAACCCUGCUCCGUACAUUGGAUGUAUAUUUAUUCUAAAUGGGAGAAACUAUAUUGUUAAAAGUGUAAAAGAAA